AUGAAGCUGGGAUUGCAGCCCUCGUUUGCCUCAUCGGCUUUGUUGGCUUCCCUCGGAGCUCGAUGUCCAUCCAUUCGGGAGCUCGACUGUGCAUGUCAUGGUGAUUCUGAAGAAAGUUCCGAUAUAAUUGUAGAAGCCCUAUGUGGCUUGCGGAAGCUUUUUCGUCUUCAAACGGGAGUCCUUCAUACCGGAGACCUUGUUCGUUUGGCUUCAUUACCGUCGUUGAAGUCUCUGUACUUUGACCUGAUGGAUUACGAUAUCGACGAGCCGCAAAUUCAUUCCACUCCAACAAGUCUCUCCCAACUCGAUGAAGUGUACAUCACUGCACCGUCACAUUCCGUCCUUAAUCACUGUCUCAAAAAUGUCCGUUGUCUCUCCUGUCGAUCAUUGAAAAUGUCUGUGGAUCCCAAUUAUUUCGGCGAUGAUCCAGAGGUCUUGUUACUCCUGUACGGUCCGUUGGAAUUUACAGACAUCAUCUCCCUCUCGCAGUGCUUCUCUCCUGUUCUUGAGGAACUUGUUUUUGAAUUGGAGUUCGAAUUCAGCGGCUUCAACGACGAAGACACACUUGCUAAUCCCAUGUUUGCACUUGGCUUUGACACGGUUGUCCCAUUGCUGUCGUUUAGUCGGUUGACAAACUUACGGCUUGAUUGGAUUUGCACUUCGGCCAUUGAUGACGCCUCACUCAAGACGAUUGCGCAAUCCUGGCCUCAGCUCGAGACUUUUUGGUUCGGAGGUUCGGUCCCAUGGCUGGUCCCGCCAUCUCUCACCUCCAUAGGAUUUGCCCACCUCAUAUGUCAUUGCCGGCGCUUGUGCGACAUUCAAAUGUCCUUUCGUGCAUAUCCAGUCGAUAUCAACAGCGAGCCGUUCUCUAAAACCAUCCCCAACGAGAAUAUCACCAGUUUUUCUGUGGGGGUGUCUCCAAUUAUCGAUCCCAUCGGUGUGGCUUGUCAACUGCGUAGAUUGCUGCCCAAGUUGGCUGAAAUCUACUUCCUCGACUGGCUCGCUGACGAGCUCCCCGUGCCGUCGUCAUUUGAACAUUAUGAGGAUGGAUGGAGUAGGGUGAAUGAGUUCCUGGGGGUCUGGCGAAUGCGUUCGGCAUCUUUCGGUGCACUGCUUCUGGGGUCACUGCUUCAGGGGUGGAGCGGCUUUGUCUGGGCUAUGGUGUCUUUCUCGAGUGCCCUGGUGUUGGACGCUGUUUUGAUGAAGAACGUACGGAGGCUUCUAGACGGUUUAGUCGACUAACGUGUUCUUGCCAUAAUUUACUACAAGCAAAUUGGUUCCGCGGCACC